AUGCAGUUCACCACUCUCUUCGCUUCCGCCGUCCUUGCUCUUGGUGCCUCUGCCGAGGGCAUCAACUGCCACGGCAGCAGCAACUGCGCCAACGCUGGUUUCAAGCUGACUGGCCUCCUCCAAACCGCCCAGGGCCUGAACGACAACAAGUGGUAUUACAACGGCCAGCACAUCGCUUGCUGGCAGGCUCUGGACAAGACCGGAUUCUGUGCUUUCCUCCAGAACACUGGUGGCCUUCCUGGCAAGGACAUUAAGAAGCUUCUCCAGGAGCUGGUCAACCAUGGAUGCGCCAAGUGCGGAAGCGUUCCGGCGUUCUACCCUAGCGACAACGAUAUCAAGUCUCACGGAAUGCUCACUGUGAACUACGUCUCCAAGACGAACUGCAACGGACUUUGCUAG